AUGUACUACCGGCGUUGGAACCGGGGCAACUAUCAGGAACACUGCUCUGCAUGGCGUCGUAUCAGUGGAAGGGAUCGGAACGAGUAUGGAGGAGAGGCUAUCUGGGAGGUAGGAUGGAGACAGGCUCGAUUAGAGGCUUUCUGCCUCGUAAGAGCGGUGAAGACGGAUACAACGUUUGCGUGGUGCACUUCUUGCACUGUGCAGCAGUCAAUGAGCUGCUUCAUGGCCUCGCGACCAGAAACGGGCCGUCUUGGGACAGUUGUACGACGAGCAGUACUGUUCCGCGAAAGCGUCUGGUAUGGGGUUCGAGGUCCGGAUCCGAUAGGCGUGCUAAAAGGAUGUGAAUUGGGCGUUGGCGUCCGAAGAUGGGGUACCGGCGUGGAGCCGAUGGUCGCGCGAUUUGGGGGUGGCUUCAGUGUACCACCCAUGGUGAAUCCGUUGAAGCCGUUUCUAUAUUCCAAUGCACCCUUGCCUUUCCUCGCUGCGGAUAGAGUCACUCCACAUCAGCCUGGCCUGGCCUUGGAGCCCUCAUUCCAUCCGCGCAUCAAUCGAGUUUUGGUAUUACAUUUUCCUUGGACGAGCAUGAUCCCAACUGAGAGAUAG